CGUGCUCAGCAAGAUCAACAUGACUGCCUGAGUUACUGGUUGCACGUGAUGUAAUUUAAUGAUAAGACUCAGGCCUCAGGCGCAAAGUCCUGCUGGUGGUUACGGCUAUCAAUCAGCUUGAAUACUUACUGGUCUAUCACUGCUUCACAGGGAUUUUGGUGUUGUGUUUUCUCCUUUUUUCUUUCCAUCUGGCUAAAGCUGAGCCCACAGAAGCAUCAUGAGCGUAGAGUCCAAAAAACCACGCCAGGCAUGUUGCUCCAAGCUCAAGCUGUUCCUCGUCUCCCUGGCCUUUAUGUACUUUGCCAAAGCUUUUGGGGGCGCCUACAUGAAGAGCUCCAUCACCCAGAUUGAGAGACGCUUCGACAUCCCCAGCUCUCUGAUUGGGGUCAUAGAUGGCAGCUUUGAAAUGGGAAACUUGCUGGUCAUCGCCUUUGUGAGCUACUUUGGUGCAAAGCUCCAUCGUCCCAGGCUGAUUGGUAUCGGUUGCUUGGUCAUGGCCGCCGGAUCGUUCAUUGUUGCGCUGCCGCAUUUCCUGCAGGGCCCAUAUAAGUAUGAGACCAGCAUGUCCCACAACACUGAAGUCAACAGCACUGAAAGCAUCCUGCCAUGUUUGUCCAACCACAACCUGACUGAGAAGGACGAGACACCCGACGAAGCAACCAUACAAGCUUGCGAAAAGGCAGUGGGCUCUUCCAUGUGGAUCUACGUUUUCCUGGGAAACAUGCUGCGUGGAAUCGGAGAGACUCCCUCCAUGCCUUUGGGAAUAUCCUAUCUGGAUGACUUUUCCAAACACGAGAACACGCCUUUCUAUUUGGCCUGUAUCUACACAACGGGAAUGCUAGGCCCAAUGGUUGGGUUCAUGCUGGGCUCCUACCUGGCCAAGACCUACGUGGACAUUGGAUUUGUCAAUUUAGACAGCAUCACCAUCACCUACAAGGACUCUCGCUGGGUGGGAGCCUGGUGGCUGGGCUUCAUCGUGAAUGGCACAGUGAUUCUGCUGGCGAGCAUCCCCUUCUUUUUCCUGCCCAAGUCUUUGCCGAAACAGGGGGAGGAGGAAGACAGCGACAAAAAGAGUACGGAGCUAUCUUCUGGGCCAGAACAGGAGAGCUUCCUGCCAGAUGGGACCCAAGACUGUGAAGACAAAGAGAAGGCCGUCACAUUUAAGGAAAUGGCUAAAGAUUUUGUUCCUUCGCUGAAAAGACUCUUCAGGAACAGCAUCUACACGAUGAUAAUCCUCACCAACCUGGUUGCGGUCAAUGCCUUUGUCGGCAUGAUCACCUUCAAACCAAAGUUCAUGGAGCAGAUCUACGGCCAGGCAGCAUCCAGAGCUAAUUUUCUCAUAGGCAUCAUGAACCUGCCCGCAGUCGCCCUGGGUUUCAUCACUGGCGGUUUUGUCCUGAAGCGUUUCAAACUGGGUGUCGUUGGAGCAGCCAGAGUGUCCAUCUCUGCAUCUCUUGGGGCCUUUUGUAUGCUUUCCCUUCAGGGUUUCUUCCACUGCGACAAUGCAGAGGUGGCUGGUUUAACGGUGGCAUACCAAGGUUAUCCUCAAGUAUCCUACAAUUAUUCCACGUUGUUGUCGCCGUGCAACAUGGGCUGUUCCUGCUCCAUGAAGCACUGGGAUCCAGUGUGCGCCUAUAAUGGCAUGACGUACGCCUCUCCCUGCCUGGCUGGCUGCCAGACCUCCACAGGAACGGGGAAAGCAAUGGUGUUACACAACUGUACGUGUAUUGAUACCUCCACGACUCCUGCUGCAAACAUGUCCGCCGUGCUGGGCCAGUGUCCCAGAAGGACUGAAUGUGACAACAAAUUUAAAAUUUACAUGGCUUUGUCAGUUCUGGGAGCCUUUAUUUCUGCCUGUGGAGGCACGCCGGGAUAUAUUGUACUGCUGAGGUCCAUCCAGCCAGACCUAAAGUCUUUGGCACUAGGCAUGCAAACGCUGAUCGUAAGAACUCUAGGUGGGAUCCCUCCCCCGAUAUAUUUUGGAGCACUGAUUGAUCGGACAUGUUUGAAGUGGGGCAACAAGCAAUGUGGAGGACGUGGAGCAUGCAGACUUUAUGAUUCCAACGCGUUCAGGUUGACUUUCCUGGGAUUGAUUAUUGGACUCUACAUCCUGGCCAAUAUGUUGUGGGGAGUCCUGUACUUCAAAAUAGCUAAGAGACAGAAGAAGCUGGAGCUGAGGAAUCAGGCCAAACAGAAUGGAGUGGAGGCUAACAGACUUAGCAAUGGACAUGCUAGCAUCAGCAUUGUUAAAUACAAAGAAGACGCAAACAUGGAGAGCACUAUUUAACAUGAUGCGAGAAGGCCAGGUUGAUGCAGAAUGAAGAUGAGCCCUUGUGUUCAGUCCUGAACAUGCUAAUGGUACAGUGUUAGCACUGUCUGGGUGGUUAGCACCUUCCAUCCUUUGCUUCCUCCUCCUCCUCCUCUUUUUUAUGUGAUUACUCUUCAUAAAGACAUAUAGACAUCAAGUAAAGCAAUUAAAAAGAAUAAAAAUAUGACAUCCUGUCUAUUUUGUCUUUAGCUUGUGUGCAGCAUUGACACUUGGAUUGUUUUAGGUCAGUUUAUACAGUCAACACCCGGUAUGCAAGGGUGUUGGGGACCACAGAAUAGCUUAAAUCUGCGAAUACUUAACAUUUAACUACAUGUUGCUUUCUGUGGGUUUACAAACUUAACUUGGCUAACUUAGCUAAGUUAAAACAUUUUAGCAAAAAGGUGUAAGUGCAGUCAUUGUUGCAAUAACUUGAUUUAAAGGACUGAUUAGUAUGUUCUUCAAAAUGGAGCAAAAUCCCAAAAGAUAUGUGAAAUAUCACACAUGGCACAACAAGUCCUAUGGUUUAUUUUUGUAGUUGUACUAAAGGUCUCAGCUUGUCACUGAAACCCUAUCUUCUGGAAAUGUACAUUUGUCAUGUCAUUAUAACUUUUAAAGGCUUUUAUUGCUCAGUUUCUAUAUAUUUUAUGUUUUGUCAUUAAUUAUCAGCUGUGCUCCCAUUUUAUUAUGUCUGACACCCAUUUUUAAUGAGUUUUAAAAGCUUUGUAAGCAUAAUAUUACACUUUUUUUGUUACGUAACCUUAUUUUUUUUGUUUAGUCAAACUGUCAUUGGUAUAAGCAUCAGUGUUGUUAAGUAUGACUUAAACAGUAGACUCCAAGCUUGUGGGUUUGCUUUCGAGUUUAUAUUGAUUGUAUUGUGUUUUAGCUGUUAAAUGUAAUAUCCACUAAAGUAGACUAUCAAACCAAGGUUAAAAUGUUUAAUGUAUAUACUAGGCUAUGUAUUGUUUUCUGUUGUAAUUUUGUUGAUUGUACAACUGGAUGUAAAUGCACUACCACCGCUACAUGAAAUAAAUGUUAUAUUAAUGUUUUAAA